CACACACGGCCGCUUCCCUCAGCCUCAGCUCAGCCUCAGCUCCUCUCACAGACUCCAUUUCUCCGCGCCUCGAAGCCAGUCCUGCGGCAUGGGGGACAAGAAGAGCCCUAACAGUUUUUCAAGGCCAAAGAGACAAGCCAAAGCCGGCUCCGAGGACGGGUUCUGGGACUGUAGUGUGUGCACCUUCAGGAACAGUGCGGAAGCGUUCAAAUGCAGCAUUUGCGAUGUACGGAAAGGGACCUCCACUCGAAAACCAAGAAUAAAUUCUCAGCUGGUUGCACAACAAGUUGCUCAGCAAUAUGCGACACCUCCACCUCCAAAAAAAGAGAAGAAAGAAAAAGCUGAAAAAGACAAGCCUGACAAAGAAAAAGAAGUUAGCCCAAAUCCAAGCAAAAAGAACAGUAACAAAAAGAUAAAACCGAAAUUGGAGCUUGAAAAGGGACCUCCUAGUGAAAUCAACAGUAUACAGUCUGGAAAAGCGGCAACAAAAACGGACAGUUUGCACACUUCAAGGCCUAAACUGAAAAAUGUGGACAGAAGUACUGCACAGCAACUUGCAGUGACAGUGGGUAAUGUUACAGUAAUUAUAACAGACUUUAAAGAAAAAAUACGUUCGUCUUCCACAUCAUCAUCAACGGUUACGUCCAGCGCAGGUUCUGAGCAACAGAACCAAAGUAGCUCUGGAUCAGAGAGCACAGACAAGGGCUCAUCACGUUCCUCAACACCAAAAGGUGAAAUGUCGGCAGUUAACGAUGAAUCAUUCUGAGCUUGGCUCCAGACCUGCACAUGCAAUGUGAAAAGUAUGAAUAAAUACUUUUGACAUUUUUUAUGUAUUCCCUUGGUUUUAUAUUUUCCUAACAAUCAUUUAUAAUGGAUGUGCUCCUGAAUCUACUUUUUUACAAAUCUGCUGUGCACAAUUUCCAUGUACAUUAUGUAUUUUGUUACAUUUGACUUUUAUUUAUUAUGUCUGCAAACUCCACCUUUUUCAACAUAUCCUUUUGUAGGUUUUGUUGCCAGCAACUCUGCUGUUUAUUAGCAAUCUUAGAAAUGUUAAUUGUCUAUCAAAAGUUAAACAGAAUAAAAGGUUAUUAGAAAUCAACACAUAGAAACACUGGUGCUUAAUACACUGUGAAGUAAAUGCAGCAUUCAACAGACACAAGGCUAAGACAGUGCAUUCCAGCAGAGGAGAAGUAUUUCUGCAAACCAUUGAAAUGAAAGCUGACUUGUCCUCAGGACUAUUAACUCUUCAGUGGCAAAAAAAAAGCACUGAAGACCAGUACACUUGAGGUAACUGAACAAUAGCUGGAUUGGGUCAAUGUCUAUUAAGCAAUAGAUAUGGGUUCCUUUUUACGUUUACUUGAAAACUGCUUUAUUCCGUGUCCUGUAAACAUUGUAAUUAUUACUGACCUGUUCUCUUCCCCUUUACAAAGUAAUGUCUAAUGUCGCUUAAAGCUGCAGUGCCUCAUAAUUGGCCAUCCGAUAAUUUAUGCUAAGUGCAAGCAAAAGCAGCUGUACAUGUGGGAAAAGUAGAUUUUGUGACAAGCCACUUCAUUUAAAUCAAAGUACUGUAUAAAGUACAACAACAAGUUGCAUAUAUACAGCGCCUUUCACAUCGGGAGGACGUCCCAACGACAAGUUGCACAGGACGUGCUACUCAUUAUUUGGUUCCUGUCUCUGACUGACGGGAACAUAGGCUAAGCAAAUUUGUACAAACAAUCUUGAGCAUUACUGAAAGAAAAAUAAUUUGGUGUCUUCAUGUUGAAAAUGUUUUUCUACCCACCAACUUUUAAGCUGCUUUGGUUUAUAUUUGCAUACGGAAAAUGCUUCAUUAUCGGCCACUGCAACUUUAAAAGGGAAGAAUUGUUCAUUAUAGGUAAUAUCCAUAAUCCAUCUUUGCACUUGCUAGCACUGUUUGUUGUAUUUUACCUAUUGAUAAUUGUUGCAUUGUAAAGCCAAAUUCAACUACCAAACCAGAAGAAACAUUGAUUCAGGAUGCAAGAAGUUAUGCUUAACCUCUCUUUAGUUCAUAAGCAUAUUAGUAACCUUUUUCCAGCAGAAGCAAUUAUAAAACUUCUAUCGUUGUGUACUUUAGCGAAUCAUUACCUGGGUGUUCCUCAUUAAUCCAGGCUGUUCUUUGGGUGAACACUGAAAAGUAGAGAAAUUGGACAUUCUGAAUCUAUAAUCAACUGAUUCCUAGUUUUCAAAUUAGCUGAUCUCUCAUGAAUACAAUCUUCCAUUAUUUUGAUGGCCUGUGGGUACCGCCUUUCACUUUCUGAUGUUGGGUCGGCAGCUGGUGUUGUUUAUAAAUUUUGUUAUAAUUAGAUUUUUUAAAAAAAACUGUUCCCCCUUUAAUAAAAUUUGUUGGUGCUCUGUGUUUGCCCCCGCCUGCCUUCCAUCUAGGUGUGGAAGGUUGGUAUUUCCUGAGCUUGCUAAGAAAACAUUCACCUCCAAGGUGGUUAAAGUAAACGUCAUACAUUUCUGUACCUUAUAAGGUCUUGUAAAUAAUACAAGUCUGAGUGACAUAAAGAGCCCAGAUUCAGAGCGGACAGGUGUACAGCAGUUCCCACUGAGCUCCUGUAGUUGGUAAAAAUACACCACGUGGCAUUGUGCAAUGAAUUUCUGUUUUUUUUUAGAGGAACAUUUAAUAUUCAUUAUGUGGGAGUUGUGCGGUUUCCCAGAAGUAGUCAAGUAUGGAAUAGAAUUGUUGGAACUUGACCUGCACAUCAUUAAUGAAGUCCCCAGUUCUACUCAGUUACAGGGCCAAGAUAAGCUGGCACUGACGACUCUUAAAUUAGCUUUUUUGGAAGUUAUUUUAUGUUAAGGCGAUGCAUAUAACCCACUUACAACUGUGAUAACAAUCUCUUAUUUGACCUGGGAUCCAGUAAAAACAUUUGUGUGCUAAAAUCAUAUUUAAUGUAUUGGAAGUUUUUUUAAAAAAAACUUCUGUCUUUGACAGUGUUGCCACUUCUGGAAGAGUUUCCAUUUGGAUUUUUAAUUAUCUUCUAGGUAAAGAGAAAGUUUGUCUAUUAUAAAAUUGAAGCCCCAUUAACAAUUAUUUUCCUGUGUUAGCUUACAUAAGUGCAUAUGGUGCUUGUAUUUUCCUUUUAUUUAUAGAAAGAUGCACUAUGCAAGAUUUCACAAUCUCUUUUCUCUCCUCUCUUGUAUUUCCCGCAUUCUUUUUUUACUCUAUUUCAUAAGUUAUAUUUUCGGGAUCGAACGCCCCCAAAGUGCAGUGUUACUACUUAAAUUGCUUCAAAUAUAAUGUUUAUUAAAAUUUUGUGUAGAAUGUUAUUGCCUAACGUGCCUAGCUUUGAAUAUUUUAAUCCAAGAGAGGAAGGUAAACGUAUUAAUGAAUUUUAUUUGAAAAAAUAUAAUCCCUUACACAGAUGUGUAAAUGUUGCACAUUUACUGUGCAGAAUCAAAUAUGGUGGGAAUAACACAUAUUGGCAAAGAUAAUUAAAAUCCAUCUAAUUCUUGGGCAGAAGUAUGCGGAGUGCAAUUUUCAUGUAAUGUGAAUGGACCCUUUAUCUAUUGGGAAACAAUUUUCAAUUGAUUAGGUGCUGUCCUUUAGGGUAAUAACCAGCUUCCUGUGUGCUGCUUAGCCUAGAAUUGUUUUGACUUAGGACCUGACAGCUUUUCUGCAGUGCCUCCUUAAUAACAAACUACACGGCCAAAUAGGCAUGUUGUUGAUGACUUGGGAACAAGUCACUAUUUUAAUAUUGUUGUAUUCUGUAGACUGAAUUGGUGCACAGACUUUUUUUUUAAAAACAAUCUUUAAAGGAACAGCAAUUCUGCAAGUUGAAUUUGGUAAAGUGUUGUUAGUCGUUAUAAUAAGCCACUUUCAAAGUUAAUACAACUUGUACAAAACAUUUCUAUUUCUGGAAACUCAUUAUUGGGAAUAGUGGCACUUCAUCUGCCUUACCAAAAAUAUUUCAGUCUACUUUUAUAAACUAUUGUAACUUAAAUUAUUGAAAAAUUUAAUGUUUGCUGGAAAUAUUAAAAAAAAAUUGCUUGUAAGUAAUUUGAAAUGGUUCUAGAGCCAACAUUUAGAGAAUGACAAUGAGCUGAACAGUUUUUUUAAUGCGCAAGCAGUUCUGUUCUUGUGUAUGACUUGUAACCUUUAUUUACUGUGUAAAGAUGGUUACAUUGAUGUUUCUUUAGCUUUGUUCAUUGGAGACACAUAUAGAAUGCUUGUUUAAAAGUGGCAUAACAUAAUCUUGUGAUCUUUUCUGUUGUAUUAUACAAGGUAUAUUUUCAUUUGCCCUGAAAGACGUCCUGUAUAAUGCUUUUAAAGUUUUUUGCUCUGUAAAUUCAAUAGGGCUGACAGCGUGCUAGAUUUGUUUUCUUUAUCUUCAUGCUGAUGUGUUAAUGGUGGUUUUGUGAGCUGGUAAAAUUAUUUCCAGGUCUUAAAUGUUUUGGGGACUUUAUAUAAUCAACACUGCUUUUUGUCUAGAAAAUAAAAGAUGUUAAUAUAUUCCUGUUACUGGCAUGUGCACGAGUAUGUUAUUAGAAGCCACUUUAUCAUUUCCUCUUUAACUGCUUCAAAUAGAAAUGUCUAUUUAUGAAUUCUGCUUGUAGUUUUUCACAAAUAAAAUAGUU